AUGAACGCUACGGAAGCCAACCUCGAUGUCAACCGCACCACACCGAUAUACGCCAUCGGCACGAGCUUUAUACAGCAAUGGAAACUUCAGAAACUGAAACAGCGCACGUGCAACUCAAAUUACCCAGAGUGCCAGGGUUUCCUCAUCACUAACGGAACCAAUUACACAGACAUCUACUUCUUGAACGGCACGCUGGACGGAACACCAGAUUUGCAACCAGUGUUACCACCAUUCCCGUUCUGGUUAGCGAUCAUCUUCGCAACAUGCCUCGUGCUGGUCAUACUGCUGACCGUGAGCGGCAAUGUGCUGGUACUGCUGGCCUUCCUAGUGGACAGGACGAUACGCCAGCCCAGCAAUUACUUCAUCGCUUCGCUAGCUGCCACUGAUCUGCUGAUAGGUACAUUAUCCAUGCCCUUUUACACAGAUUACGUCUUGAAAGGGUACUGGCAUUUGGGACCCUUGCUAUGUGACCUAUGGCUUUCCGUCGACUAUACAGUAUGCUUAGUAUCACAAUACACUGUUUUACUUAUAACUGUAGAUAGAUUCUGUAGUGUCAAAAUUGCUGCAAGGUAUAGAGCUUGGAGGACAAAGAAUAAAGUAAUCUGGAUGGUAACUGUUACGUGGAUAAUUCCUGCCCUGUUGUUCUUCACAACAAUAUUCGGUUGGGAACACUUUGUUGGAUACAGAGACUUACAAGAAGGUAUUUUUAAGACAGCCUACGACAUGCAAAAAAAGAGUGAAGCUAAACAAAGAAAGAUGCAAUCAAUGGUUGCCCUCAGUGCAGGAGUUAUGACUGGUAUGGCAGGAAGAGCUGCUGGAAUGGCAGCGUUAUCAAAGGCUACAAUUUCAAGCGAAGACCAAGUAAAAGACUCAGAAUCAAUUCGCAAAGAUUCGGCCUCAAAAGGAUCUCUCGCUGCACCACUUCUUAACUUGGGUGUAUCCACAGACUCAAAUUCAAGUCAAAAAUCGUCAGCGCUCAAAAGUAGCGCUACUGCAACCGGAACAACAACGACUGUCGAAUCAGAUGGUGAUAAAAAAGAGGAUCAAGUAGAAGCUGAAAGAUCGAGUAGUCCAGCUUUUGACUCAGACGAUGAAAGCACUACACAAUCGAAUGUAAAGAAACGGCCAUCAGUUGCAAACUUAGUUAUGCAAACUGGUACUAUACAGUUAUUAAAUAACAUGCGGCUAAACGGUAAUAUGCUUAUGAAACCCGAUAUCAAACAAAACCCCUUGUUAAAGACCGAAACAGAUAAACCAAAAACAUCCUUAUCACAAAUAUCCGAGAAGAGCCUACUUGACACAGAAAAUCCUGAUACCUCGCACAGUAAUGGACACACACCUGCAGUAAGUGUACCCCUAUCUUCUGCUAGCUUUAUGUCCCCUUCAUCUUCGGGGAUAGUCACGCCAUCUGAAAUCGAAGUUUCAACUACAAUCGCUCAAAGAAUCAUUCCACCCCCAUCAGAGUUUAGAGGCAGUCCACCAGCUUCUGAGAGUCCACCAUCUCAUUCAGAUUCAUCUAGAACUAGAAUAUUAAAAUCAUUUAAAAAUGACGGAAGUAAUUAUUCCGAUGUUCUUAUUGGUAUGGAUGGCGCUGAUUUGAGAUAUAUGGAUGAAAGUUCUGUCAUAGUUCCUUCACCCACCAAUGAAAGUCCACCAUCUUCAAUCACCUUUCCUACAGCUACUGAACCCUCAUCACCACCUACAUUGAAUUCGGGUAUUAUAACAAAUACUUCAUUAUUACAGGCUGCUCUUAUACGAGCAACAGCUGAAGCCCAAGUAACACAACCCAAAACAAAUUUAUCUCCUCCACAACCUAUCAAAGUAAACACCGAGGUAAGUUUGACAACGGGAGAGCGUCCUAAACCUGUUAUCACCCUUGUAUCGUCGUCUUCCAAUAAUAAUGAACCUCAUUCAGCAAAAUUACCUGAUAAUAAAACUACAAUAUUAAGACUUAAUGAAACACCAGCAAUUGAAAACAGCGACGUGUCUAGUCCUGCAGUAAGUGGACCCGGCCGCGGUGAUUCAAGAAAAGAGUUUGUCAAAAAUAUUGGAAAAAAGCUAAAGGUGAAGCGCUCAAAACGGGACGGCUUGUUUCCAAGUAUUGGUAGACAAAAAUCUAAAUCUGAAAAUAGAGCUAGAAAGGCUUUUAGGACUAUUUCUUUUAUAUUAGGCGCGUUUGUUGUAUGUUGGACACCAUAUCAUAUCUUAGCCUUAGUUGAAGGAUUUUGUACAGACCCGCCGUGUAUUAAUCAACACUUGUACAUGUUUUCAUAUUUUUUAUGCUACGCCAACAGCCCUAUAAAUCCGUUCUGCUACGCUUUGGCAAAUCAACAAUUCAAGAAAACUUUUACAAGACUUCUGCGGGGUGAUUUUCAUAUAACCUAG